UCCAAACAUGGCUUCCGCCGCCGCCGCUCCCUCAGCCCAUCGGAGCAUUCUAAUACUCAUCGUUCUCUUUACAAUGUUCCGGCACGGCGGCGCGGCUCGGGAGCCAUUUGCUUGCGACCCAAAAGACGCGGCGGCGAGUGGAUAUCCGUUCUGCAGGGCGGCGGUGCCGAUUCCCGAGAGGGUAAAGGAUUUGAUCGGACGGCUGACAUUGCAAGAGAAAGUGCGGCUGUUGGUGAACAAUGCGGCGGCGGUGCCUCGGCUGGGGAUUAAAGGUUACGAGUGGUGGUCGGAGGCCCUUCACGGCGUAUCAAAUGUCGGGCCCGGUACUAAGUUCGGCGGCGAUUUUCCCGGCGCCACCAGUUUUCCUCAGGUCAUUACCACCGUUGCUUCUUUCAAUGCGUCCCUUUGGGAAGCUAUUGGACGGGUUGUUUCAGAUGAAGCAAGGGCGAUGUACAACGGUGGAGCAGCAGGUCUGACAUACUGGAGUCCAAAUGUGAACAUAUUUCGAGAUCCACGAUGGGGUCGUGGUCAAGAAACUCCAGGCGAAGAUCCAGUGGUCGCCGGUGAGUACGCCGCUAGCUACGUCAAAGGCCUUCAAGGCAACAACGGUGACCACCUCAAAGUCGCUGCCUGCUGCAAACACUUCACAGCUUACGACCUCGACAAGUGGAAUGACACCGAUCGCUUUCAUUUCAAUGCCAAGGUUACAAGACAAGAUAUUGUAGAUACAUUUGAUGUGCCAUUUAGGAAAUGUGUGAAAGAAGGAAAAGUGGCGAGUGUUAUGUGCUCUUAUAAUCAAGUUAAUGGUGUCCCGACAUGUGCUGACCCUAAUUUGCUUAAGGGAACUAUACGCAACCAAUGGGGCCUCAGUGGCUACAUUGUGUCGGACUGCGACUCCGUUGGAGUAUUCUAUGACAACCAACACUACACAUCCACGGCGGAGGAGGCGGCGGCGGACGCCAUUAAAGCAGGCUUAGACUUAGACUGUGGGCCAUUUCUAGCAGUCCACACAGAAGACGCUCUGAAAAAAGGAUUAUUAACUCAAACUCACAUCAACAACGCUCUCACCAACACAAUCACCGUUCAAAUGAGACUCGGAAUGUUCGACGGAGCGCCGUCGUCUCACCCCUACGGCAAAUUAGGCCCCAAAGACGUUUGUUCUCCGCCCCACCAACAGCUCGCCCUCGACGCCGCCCGACAAGGCAUCGUUUUGCUCGAGAAUCGCCGCUCCGCUCUGCCGUUAUCCGCCCAUCACCACCGUACCGUCGCCGUUAUUGGGCCGAACUCCGAUGUCAAUGUCACCAUGAUUGGCAACUAUGCUGGUGUAGCAUGUGGGUAUGUAACACCAGUAGAAGGAAUAAGGAAGUACACAAUGGUGGUCCACCGGAAAGGUUGCGAUGACGUGGCAUGCACAAAUGAGGACUCAUUUAGCGAUGUUGUUGCCGCCGCGAGCACCGCCGAUGCGACAAUUUUGGUGAUGGGGCUAGACCAAUCAGUGGAGGCAGAGACUAAAGAUAGAGACGGACUUUUACUACCAGGACGACAACAAGACCUUGUUUCUAAAGCUGCGGCAGCUUCUCGAGGGCCGACGGUGCUGAUUUUAAUGUCCGGAGGGCCCAUUGAUAUCUCUUUUGCCAAGAAUGAUCCUCGAAUUUCUGCCAUCUUGUGGGUUGGCUACCCUGGCCAAGCUGGUGGAGCUGCCAUUGCUGAUGUUCUCUUUGGAACAACUAACCCAGGUGGAAAGUUGCCAAUGACAUGGUACCCACAAUCCUACAUUUCAAACUUACCAAUGACAAAUAUGGCAAUGAGAUCAACUUCAUCAUACCCCGGACGAACAUAUCGUUUCUACGCUGGUCCAAUGGUCUACCAAUUCGGCCACGGUUUGAGUUACACUGAUUUCAUCCACACAAUUGUCAAAGCCCCUAGCAUCAUCUCUGUUCCUCUCUCUGGCCACCGCCAUACUCACUCCGCUUCUACCUUGUCUGGUAAGGCCAUUCGGGUCACCCAUGCCAAAUGCCAAAAACUUUCUCUAGUCAUACACGUUGAUGUAGCAAACAAAGGCGAUAGAGAUGGGUCCCACACUGUGCUAGUGUUUUCCACCCCACCUACUGGUGGCUCCACAUGGGUACCACGCAAGCAGUUGGUGGCCUUUGAGAAGUUGUAUCUUGUUGCUGGAGCACAACGACGUGUGCAAGUCCACGUUCAUGUUUGCAAGUAUUUGAGUGUUGUGGAUAAGUCAGGGGUGAGGAGAAUUCCAUUGGGAGAACAUGAUAUUCAUAUUGGCGACAUUAAGCAUACAGUAUCGCUUCAAGCUGCCACAUUAGGAGUGAUCAAGACAUAGAGAACAAGAAAUCGUAUUGUGAGACUAAAACAAUAUGGCUGAUGAUUCUAUACCAUUUAUAUAAUUUUAGAGAAUAAUUUGGUGAGUUUUUUUUUUUUUUUUUUUUUAUCAAUAGCUUUUGUUGUAUGGAGUAUAUAGGGAGGGUUUAUUGUUAUGUUGAAUAUUAGAAAAAGA